AUGAACACCGAUCACAAGCACAGCUUCGGAACGCCGCCUACAAACAGCAAACGGCUCGGUAUUACGACUCUCACGUCAAACACCGAUCGUUCAAGGUGGGGGACUAGGUUCUGCGAAAAGUCUCUCCAGCAACGAGAGACCAUACCGAAGGCACUCUCGGCCCCUCAUGGGAAGGACCCUAUGAAGUUGUCAGCGUUUGCCGACCCGACACCUACCGAUUACGUGGUUCCGAUGGUUAAACCCUCGGCCACCCUUGGAAUGUUGAUCAUUUAA